AUGGAUCUCGAGAAGCUUAAGAAGAUGCAGGCGUCAAGGCCAGGUGGUCAACUUGCUCUUUGGGAGCUCCGUGGCUGGGAUGGACUUGGAUUUACCAAUCAGCGGUCGAGUAGGGCUACAGCUAACAUUCUCACUCUAGGUGGAAAGGGCACACCGCGAAGAAAGGUCAAGAAGGUGCACAAGAGCGCAGGAAUGGACGACAAGAAGCUACAGACAUCCCUGAAGAAACUUAAUGUGCAACCCAUCCAAGCCAUCGAAGAAGUCAACAUGUUCAAGCAGGACGGCAACGUCAUCCACUUUGCUGCUCCCAAAGUCCACGCCGCAGUCCCAUCCAACACCUUCGCCAUCUACGGCAACGGCGAAGACAAAGAGCUCACGGAACUCGUCCCAGGCAUCCUCAACCAGCUAGGCCCAGACUCCCUGGCCUCGCUCCGCAAGCUGGCCGAGAGCUACCAGUCCAUGCAGAAGGAGGCAGGCGACAAGAAGGAAGGAGACGAUGAUGACGACGACAUCCCAGAUCUAGUUGCGGGGGAGAACUUCGAGGACAAGGUUGAAUAA